AUGCUUGCCGACUCUACCAGCUUGACGCCUUCCACCCCCAGAAGCAGAAAGGCACCCUAUUGCCAGAUUUGCAAAAGGCCUCGUAAGGGUCACCCUCGCUCAGGUUGCCCAGAACUACCGUCUACCCGUGCAGUGCAAACCGCGCCUGCUGUCGACCUCUGCAUCGCGGAUGCCCUGGCUUCGCUCAGCAUCGGUCAAGAUGCAGAAACCCCGCCCACCUCAGCCAGUCUCCUUCCAUCAACCGUCACCACUCGGGACCCCUUCAUGAGAGCGAAGAUUCGGGAGAGACAAGGUCGCAUGAUGCCGGGAACUCUGUUUCCCCCGACGAAUAGCCUCCUCUCCUCGGAGCCACCAAGCCCUCAAAUCAGCCAGUCUACGCUGCCUUGGAACCCGGAGGAUCAUACGGAGGACUUGAAGGCUCAUACCGAGCGAUCACCUUCCGCGUCGCAACUCGGCUCUCAUUCGCCACGUCCAUCUGGGCGCUCGGCAAGCAUGAGGGCUCGAGAGGGAUUUCUGGAUGAUCUCGAUCGCGUUGCUACGCAUGUGCCGGUCUCUGUCUACAGCGUGCCGAUUGCAGACAUAGAGCUAUUGGAGCCUUCGGCGAAGGAAGUUGGGUUCCGCACAGCUACGGUCAUUCCCGAGAGCAGUGCUACACAGGAAGACGUGGCGUUAUUGGUGAUUGGCACGGAUGGUACGGCGGUUGGAGACGUGUGCGAGAAGCUGCGAAAGGAAGAUGCCGCCAUCACAAAACGCAGUGGCAGCUCUCGCUUGGUGCAGGUAGCUGGAGGAGCGCUAGUUGGUGCCGCGGCCAUAUGGGCGAGUUUGGCACUGUGA